AUGCUAACAAAUAGAUGGUCUGUUGCAGUGUUACAAUUGUUUAUAUGCGCACUUAUCAACAAGACGAAUGGUCAAACAUUACCAACUGUAUCAUGCCAACCAGUUUUGAGCAACUAUUUUGACUAUUUAACUACGUCACAUCCUGGCACAGUUCGUUCUUUAACUAUUCAAGCAACAUUCAUAUUAGAAAAUAGAUAUGUUGCGUAUUAUAUCGGAUCUCUUGCUUACGCUGCCGCAAUUGAUUCAUUAAAUGGUACGGUAACCGUAUCAUUUAGUGAUCGAACAUGGACGCCAUCGUGUGGUACUGGUUUGUUAUUUUGUCCUUCUCAAAAUUUCAACUAUAAAAAUACGGACAUACAAACCAUUUCGAUCACCAGAACAGGUGCUAUUCAAUAUAUACUAAAUAGUUGGGGCAAUGCAAAAUCCGCAGAUAAAUUACAGUGUUUCGGUGUCAACGAACCUCUUUAUACGGCGCCAACAGUACAAUCAGCAUCUAUGUUCAUUAUGACAUUACAAAAACAAGAAUACGCUAUACCACGAUGA